CUUGCCUCCACCCGCUCCAGCGCCGCACAUGGAUGGACGCGGUUCCUCUCUCAGCACGCUUCCUGCAGGAAACCUUCAUGGGGACUUUUGACGAGAUGAGAUCCGAGGAAGAAGGGAAUGAGCCACGCGACCUCUCCUUUCCAUCCCAUCCAUCUCUUUAAGCGGACAUUCUGUGGAUCUCCUUCAUAACACCUGAUCUCUCUGCCCCUCAGCUACAGUUCUACCAGUAUGGCAUCCCUGCUCCAUCCUGUCCUGUUGCUUCUACUUCCCUUACUCCAUGUUCAGUCAAGCUUCCAUCAGAAGCCCCAGUGGCCUUUACAGCGUGUGCCUGUAGUCCUUCCUCAACAGAUUGAGGAGCGUCCGCCCCCUCAUUUCAUCGGCCCAGCUCAUCUGGAAGUGACCUCUUCCUGCAGCCCUGAGUGUCACAAGAAAACCCCAACACCCAGCUACUGGGACCUGCAGCAGUUCCUGUCCUACGAGACUCUCCACUCAAAUGGCCACCUGACUGAGACACUAGUGGGAAUCUAUGGCUUCAACCCAAACAUGCUGAAGAGCCCUGCUGCCGAACAGGGACGGUCCAGAGCCAAGCGCCAGAUCUUUGGUCACGAUGGUCGCUUCAGCAUUGUGGGCCACGACUUCCUGUUGAGCUACCCCUUUUCGACCGCUGUGAAGCUGUCUACCGGGUGCUCAGGCACGCUAGUGGGUAACCAGCAUGUUCUCACUGCAGCCCAUUGCAUCCACGACGGAAAGAACUACGUCAAAGGCGCUCAGAGGUUGCGUGUCGGUUUUCUGAAGCCGCGCCAAAAAGACCAACCAUCUAACAACAGCACUGACAACAAGAUGAAGUUCCAGUGGAUCAGAGUCAAGCGCACACAUGUGCCCAAAGGCUGGAUAAAGAGCAACGCUAAUGACAUUGGCAUGGACUAUGAUUACGCCCUAUUGGAACUCAAGAAGACUCACAAGCGCAAACACAUGAAGCUAGGAGUGAGUCCUUCUGCUCAGCAACUACCUGGGAAGCGAGUUCAGUUCUCCGGCUUUGACAACGAUCGAGCCGGCCAGCUGGUUUACCGCUUCUGCAAAGCUGGAGACGAAACCUACGACCUUCUGUAUCAGCAUUGCGAUGCACAGCCUGGUGCUAGCGGCUCUGGGGUUUAUGCCCGGAUGUGGGACCGCAGACGGCGCCGAUGGGAGCGCAAGGUGAUCGGCAUCUUCUCGGGACACCAGUGGGUGGACCUCAACGGUGCCUCUCAGGAGUUUAACGUAGCAGUGCGCAUCACUCCUCUUAAAUAUGCCCAGAUCUGCUACUGGAUCAAAGGGAAUUAUGUGGACUGCAGAGAAGGCUGAAUUAAGCUUCAGUAUUUAUCCUUUCCUUGAGUAAAGUUUUGUGCAUCCUCUAGAUUCGUUCAUAUGGAGUUGAAACACUUAGGAAUACAUGAAACACUGGCAUAGAAACACUGAAUGACCCUAACACACGCAUUCACACGGUCAACCUUCAGAAAUUACAAUCGUAUCUUAAAAACAGUUAAUUAACCAAAUAAUUUUAACCUCUCUAGUUGCAGUUGGCAGUAUACAAUAAUAGAGCGGCAAUUUAGGAUUCAUCUUUGAUCGACAAAACUGCGGCUAAUCUUUCAUUUGGAUCAAAAUAGCAAACAAUUGUGAACAGAUGGACGGAACUGACAUCACCAAAGACGGUUUUUAAUGCCUGUGGACUUUUCCAGUACAAAGCACUGUAGGCUUUAAGCCUUUUUUAUUGUUUAUAAAGAAUGUACCCAGCUUAACCAAAGGUGCGUUUUAAAUAGAUAUCCGAGACAAAUAUACAAAAGUCUUUGACUACUACAUGAACUCCAUAUGUGAUGCAUGAGGCAUGUGAUUUCUGAUCUCUUCGCGCCCCCUAGUGGUCAACGACAUUAUGUCAAUUGGCCAUCACAAGCUUCAUGUUUCACAGUGGUGGUGGCUGGAAGCUCCUUACACAACUUUUUUUUUUUUUCCUGUAGUUAAAUAAGUACUUGGAGACGCAGAGGUCCUAUACCUUAAACUUUAUUUACCAGCGGCAGCACCUAAAGCACUUUGAAUUUUUUAAAUUACUGAUUUCUUUCGUCAUUAACAGCUUUGUAUGAUAAUACACUCUGUACUAUACGAAUGUUUAUUAAAUGCUUUUGGAAAAGAA